CCCACAAACACGCUGGCGCUUGCGCUGGCAACAGCGCUGUUUGCUAUGGGAAGCCCGCCUCCACCACCUUUUUUUUCUCCCCUUCCUCUUUUUCCUUCCCUCUUUUUUUCUUCCCGCACCCACACCACGCACACGCAAAACCAAGUCCCCUCUUCUCCCAACCCACCUCACAUCUCCAAACCCCCCAACUCCCAUCCUCUCCCAUCCUCUCCUCUUCGCCUCGCCCUCGCCGCCUCUCGCCUCCGAUCAAAUUCAUCGACUUUAUCGUCUUCGAACCCGAUCCUAUCAUCCGCUACGUCCCCGCCACCAGCUCUCACCUUGACCCCGCCACUUCUUUCACCUUUGCGCCGGCCUUGAAAAUUUCUAGCUUCAAGCCGUUUCCCCUGACACAACCUCGUACGGACGCGCGCUUCCGUCUUUUUCAAUUCUAAUUCAACCUCUUUGACGUCAUCUUCGUCUCAAGCCCUCUUCUUUACACCCUCUAACCGAAUUCUCACCCGCACAUCUCAAAAUGUCUGCCUCCCAGGAUCUUAUGCCCUCCAACGGUAGCGACAUCCUUGACAACAUGGACCACCUCAAGUUCGAGGACCGCCUCGGCCCCGAUGGCGAGCCUGCCCCUAAGACGGACGAGGAAUAUGCCCAAGCUCAGCUUACCCUUCGUGCCAUCGUCUCCUCCAAGGAGGCUGGUGUCAUCAUUGGCAAGGCGGGCAAGAAUGUCGCUGAUCUCCGCGACGAGACUGGCGUCAAGGCUGGCGUCAGCAAAGUUGUACAGGGCGUCCACGAUCGUGUCCUCACCAUCACCGGUGGCUGCGAUGCAAUCUCUCGUGCGUACGCUGUCGUCGCCCGUGCCCUCCUCGAAGGCGCACCUGCCAUGGGUAUGGGUGGCAUCAUCCAGAGCAAUGGAACUCACCCUAUCAAGCUACUCAUCUCUCACAACCAGAUGGGCACCAUCAUUGGUCGUCAGGGCCUCAAGAUCAAGCACAUUCAGGACAACUCUGGAGUGCGCAUGGUUGCCCAAAAGGAGAUGCUUCCCCAGUCCACCGAGCGCAUUGUCGAAGUUCAGGGUACACCCGAAGGAAUCCAGCGCGCCAUCUGGGAAAUUUGCAAGUGCCUCGUCGAUGACUGGCAGAGAGGCACAGGCACUGUGCUCUACAACCCCGUUGUUCGAACACAGGCUGGCUCAUCCACCACUAGCGGCAAUGGGUUUAGCUCUAGCCCUUCCCGCACUGAGUACAGCAGCCCUCGCGUAAUGCGCACUGGAAACGGAUCCGACUUCAGCAACGGUGGUUCCCGCCCCUUCACCCGCCGUUCCGACUCUGACGCAGGCUCUCGUGGGCCCCCUACUCACGAUGAGAACGGCGAAGAGAUCCAGACUCAAAACAUCAGCAUUCCCGCUGACAUGGUUGGCUGCAUCAUUGGCCGUGCCGGCAGCAAGAUUAGCGAAAUUCGCAAGACUUCUGGCGCUCGCAUCUCCAUUGCCAAGGCUCCCCAUGAUGAGACUGGCGAACGCAUGUUCACCAUUAUGGGAACCGCCAAGGCUAACGAAUCUGCCUUGUUCCUUCUCUAUGAGAACCUCGAGGCCGAAAAGAUGCGCCGCAGCCAGUUGCAGGACGGCGAAUAAAGCUGAUGGGUAUGCACACACUGGGUAGCCUAACCAGAGUUUCUACUCCCCAGCACUCUCUGGCUUUCAACUUCAUGCUUCAUUUUAGGCUCCUCAAUUGCAAGGCAGCCGCCGAUCUCGUCACCCCUCAACCUCUCUCGAAAACCCGCCCACUGUCUUAACCCACAACAAGGCAGGCUACAGCUAGCCACGAUAUACUUGUACAACGCCUAUUCUUCUCGAGCUGCUUCCACAGCUGAUUCAUUUCUCGUUACUCGUCUUUUUUUCUUUAUGCGUUGACUUUCUUUUUUACAUUGGCUGCAUUCAUGCGUUAUUUAUGACGGAGCUAUGGACAUACCGCUCCAUAUGAUUUGAUGAGAACACCUCUUCGCUUGGGCAUACCUCUUAAACACCUCCCCCAAGGCUGUCGAUGACGACCUCUUGAGACUCGCAUCUGACAUGACUUUGGGCGUACGACUCCCAAUCAAUCAUCUCCCACCAUCCGUCUUGUUACGAAUGGACAAUGGGCUCCGCAACCGAUCUCUAUAUCCCCUCUUUCCCCAACAAAAAAACACACAUACCGACUUUCUCUUUGCUCAACACAAUACUCAACGAAACAACCAGAAAAUAGUUAUGUUCUUGAUGCACACUGAGACGCCCCAUGAGAUGGCGUCUCAAGGACGACUGUGGAUUAUGCAUCUUUUCUUAAUAUACCCAUCUCGCCUACUUUGUGUCCUUGUUUGCCUCAGUAUUUGAGGGUGGUUUGCCUAGAUAGGAAGCGUAUCUAGCCGUUUUGCGACGAGACUAAAUACAAUAUAAUAUAUUUUUUUUCUUUU